CAGUAGUACAUCUGUGAAUUCAUGAUACCAUCAAUGAAAUGCAGCUCCCCGACAUUAGCAGCACUCAUGAAGCCCCACACAAGGUCACUGCCAGUACCAUGCUUCGCUGUAGGCACCAUGCAUUUUUCUUUCCAUACAGUUUUGAAUCCAUCAGUUCCAAAAACAUUUAUCUUGAUCUCAUCACUAAAGAGUACAGAGUCUGAGUAGACUUCUUUUUCAGCAUGAGCGCUGGCAAAUUGUAGGAGGACUUUUUUGUGCACGGUCUUUAGGAGAAAUUUCCUUCAUGGAUGACACCCAUGCAUGCCAU